UCUCCACAUGACACAGAUCACCGACCUCCAAACUAAGGAGGUGGACAACUAUCGUUCAGCCAUGAGUAGUAUGGCAGAUGACAUCAUAGCACUGAGGACUCAGGUGGUGACUUUGGAGGAAGAAAACAGUCAGCUCCGCACUGAUCUAUCCCUGCAGCAGGACCUGGGCCGGGACCUGCUGCAUGACACCGACAUCGACGUCAUGACCAAGGCUGAGAUUGCUGACCGUAUAGCUUCUCUCAAAUUCAAGCUGGCCAGUGAGACCAGUAAGGCUGCCUCCCAAAGAGACAGGGUCCUGCAGCUGCAGAAUGUGCUGAUCAGGAAGAAUGACAGUGAGAAGGAGCUGCUAAAACUUCAGAGAGUCCACCAGCAGCAACAGGAGAGUCUGCAGCGUCACCAGAGUCAUUUGGAAAAAAUGUCAGCUUUGGAGGCCACAGUGACACAGCAGGAAAAGGUCAUCGAGAAGAUGGAGAAAGCAUUAGAUGGCAAACUCAGAGAGAAGAACAAGCAGAGUGGUGACAAAAGGCUGGUGGUGAAAAAGCAAAGAGGUGAGACUCACCACAGAGAGGAUGAGAUAGAGUCGGCCAUGGCAGCAGAAAACACUCGUCUCAGAGGAGAGCUGGACAGGAUUCGGCAGCAGGCCACUCUAGUCGUUGUUCAGCAGUCAGCUCAGAAAAAAGACGCACUGCCACUUAAGGAGAGACUGAGCUUACUACAUAAACUGGAGAUGGCCGAAGCAAGAAUCCAGUCCCUGGAGGCUCAGCUGGAGGAGAACUCUAAAUUAUGGGGGAGAGAAAAACAAGAAAUGUUGACCAAACUGAUGGAGCACAGGCACGGCUUCAUCCGGACACCAACCACAAUCCUACAUAAUGCUCCUUUGAAGUCUGUGUCAGAGUCAUUGCAUCAGGAAAACAGACAGAGGAAACAGAAGCCCAUAAAAUGACGCGCACUAAACACACGCAC